AUGAAUUCCUCUUUGUGGUACGACCGGGUUCCUCCUACGCCAUCGACCAUCGCUGCUGAGAGAAGGGCAUUCAUCUUAGAUGUGGUGUGGGCCAUCUUGGGGGCACUGGGUGUGGUCGGAAACUUAUUCGUCAUUGUCGUCAUAGGGAGUGUCAAAGAACUUCGGGGUAUCACCAAUCUUCUCAUCGCAAAUCAGUCUCUCAUCGACCUGCUGUCAUCUCUUCUUGUGUUCCUUUGGUGGGUACCUCCACCACCCUUAAACGAGGACAGAUUAAUCCGUUCCAAGCUCAUCUGCAUGACUUUCGAACACAGGUACUUCUUCUGGGGGUCAGUACUUGCGUCGACCUUCAAUCUGGUGUUCAUCAAUCUCGAGCGGUACUAUGCAGUCUUGCAUCCCAUUAAAUACAAGAUCAAUAUCACCACAAAGAGGGGAGUGCAGAUAGCUAUUCUACCCUGGGUGAUUGGAUUCGGAUUUCAGAUAUAUACUUGGUUCAUAUAUCGUGUCGUGGGCACAACGUGUGAAAGGGUGAUUUCGAGAUCUGGAGAACUUGCACUUGGAGUGAUUGUAUUUAUUAGUCAGUAUCUCUUUCCCCUGAUACUCAUGUUGUUCGUCCAUGCUCGAAUUGCCGCAGCCAUGGGAACCAGGAUCGGAGAUAUGGCGGAGCGUCCUCGAGAAAACCAAACAGAAGGACAGGCGAGCAAUGAAGUCGAACAACAGGCGGUGCCAGUACCAAGUUACAGGGACCGCGCAAGAAAGAACAUCAUCAAGAGCCUUUUGACGGUUACCAUUACCUUUGCCGUCUGUUGGACCCCGAAUCAAAUCAUCUACCUGGUCUACAACUUAGGAGGCCAUGUUGAUUUCUCUGGAGUGUUCUACAAUAUUACUGUUGCCAUGGCAUUUUUUAAUAUGUGCUGUAAUCCUCUCAUUUACACUUUCCAGUAUCGCAAAUUUCAAAAAGGGGUUAGGGCACUGAUUUCAAAAGGUGUAGAUCUAGUGAGUGUUAAUGAUCAGACAGGUUCUACCCAAAGUAAUUGA